CACACACAGCCAGACACACACACACACACAUACGCACACAGUCACACACGCGUGCACGCACGCACGCACGCACACACACACACACACACGCACACACACACACACACAUACACUGCUUGUCUCACAGUGAGAGGGCUUGGGCAAGAAGGAAGUGAGGAGAGACUGAAACACAGAGAGAGAGAGACAAAGAGAGAGAGAGAGAUGGAGGGGUAAUACAGCAGAAGAAGGUCACUGGGGUUUUCCACAGUGUGUAGGGUUACAAAAGACAUGAGAAUUAGGUAAGACAGAGUGAGAGGGGGAAACACAUGUAGUCACAGAGAGAUCAGACGGCAGAAGUAGAGAGGAGACAGAAGAUCACAAGCGUUGAAUGAGUGAACAUCGGAGAGGGCGAAACAAAAGAGGUCUCUUUGAGCGAAGACGACUCCAACAGCUGUGGACGUAUUCAUUCAGAGAAGGAUUGUUGAGUUAAGAUAUUUCACACGCCGGAGGUGGUGGACCAAUCACCAAUCGAAUGGGCUGCAGAUGGCUAAGAUGAAUUGCCAUGGUGAGGAUAUGUACUCAAAAGACGGAAGAUGCUGUCGUCGCUGUCCUGCAGGAAUGCACGUGCAAGCAGAUUGUGACGGCACGAAGGAGACCCAGUGUGAUAAAUGUGCACAUGGGUUUUACACAGCCACAAAAAAUCACUUGACAAGUUGUCAACUCUGCAAAGAGUGCAGUUCCGAUAACAACCAGAGGAAAGCAAAAGAAUGUACAGCGACGGCGAACACGGUGUGUGAGUGUGAGAGUGGAUUCUACUGUAGCAAUGAUCUCUGUGACCACUGCCAGCCAGUGACCGACUGUCUCGUGGGCGAGGGAGUAAAGGUUCCAGCCACUCGCACCAAUGACACCGUCUGUGCUCCGUGUGAGGAAGGGACCUACAGCAACGUGACAGAUUUCCUCUCACCCUGCAAAACACAUACCAGAUGUGACGAUUUAGGGAGAGAGGUGAGAAUUCUGGGAACCCGAACAACCAACGCCGUCUGUAGUGACAUCUUACCCCGAUGUUCCUGGAUGCUGCCCGCGGGACUGUGGUCGGGACUCGUGUUGUCCGCACUCGUCCUUCUUGCUGUCGUCGUCUGCUGGAGGGCAAAGCGUAAAUCGUGCGGAGCAGCCAGGUCCAGUGUUCCGGCUACUCUGGUAGAGAUGUUUCCCACAGCACUGGUCACUUCGCGGGAUCUGCCUUUACCGCUUACAGAGCGGAACGGCCACUACCAGGAGACCUGCGCCGUGGACGACUGCAAGUUACCAAUCUUCAACAUGGAUGAUGAUGAUAAUCUGGUCAGCUGCUGCAUGGACAGCAGUCUCCCUAUAACGCCACUGAAGGCCUCAGUUUCGUUUGCUGAAUCCAAUCACAACACUGGAAAUACAGGACAUCGCACCGGUAACUUCCUCAGAACCUACUCAGAGCCGCAGGAGGACGAGUGGUGUGGGACCUAACAGAGUAAAUGUUGUUGUGACAGUAUACUGACAGAGUGUAGAGCCCUUCUCAGGAUUGGACCUUAAUUGUAACUAUUUAACACAAAACAUAAAGUAGGCUUUUACUUUCUGGGGCGUUUAAGGUGGCUGAUCGUUUGUCGCCCCCUGCAGGACUUUUAUGAGCACUUGAUGCGAUAUGUCUGACUAGCUUUCACAGCGAUGAGCUAAAAGUGAGUACGUGUAUCUGGUGCAGCUCUUUGAUUUGAAUUUGUCUUAGAUUGCAACUUCACAAGAAAAAUCAGCGCGCUAUGUGUUUUUUUGCAACAACUCAGUGUCUUGUGAUAUUCUCUUUUUUUUCUUACUGUCAACGAAUCCUAUGAAAAUACCUAAACCAACAACAAAUGAAUCCUACUAACAAAAAUUGCCUGUGCAGUCGGAUUUCCUACAACAUAUUUAUUUAUUUUUGUGAAACAGAUCACUGUCGUCUAAAAGACCUCUUUUUAAAGAUUCACAUUACAUUUACAUCUUCACUAAGAACAAUUGAGCUUGCGUCCCAUAGAGAGGGUAAAGAAGUUAAAAGGUAAAGAAAGUACUGUAUAGAGAAAUGAGCAAACAUGUUGGUGGGUUUUGACUUUUCAUGGAAAUUGUUGACAGUAAAAAAAAUACAUUAAAUUAUUUCUGCAUUAUCCUUUGAUUCAAAGGUUUAAAGGAUGUCUAAUUUAUUUUAUAUUGUUCCAAAUUAAGCAAAUGAUUCAGGUGAAGGUAGAAGCCAAAGAACAAAAUGUUCUUAUUUUCUUUGUAAGAUCAUUGUAAUGUCAAUUUUGACAGUUGAAUUUUAGUAUUUAUAAAAACUUUAAGAUAUGCAGCAACAAAACCACACACAUACACACACAAAACACACAAAAUUAAAACUGUAAAACUUUGAGUAUAAUGAAGUGUAUUAAAGAUAGAGCAGUGACGUCCGACAGAUGUCUUAAUAACAUUGUAAAUAUAGAUAGUAAUGUAAUGUGAGGAAAGAAUGUCGGUAAUGUUUACACACAUCUACAGCGCUUCUCAGUAACAGCAAACAGAAACAACUGACAUGUACAUAACAUUGUUUUCACAGAUAUUCAGUCUUAUUGUGAUGUUCAACAAACAGUGUUGAUUAUGAUUUUUAAAAAAGCAUAAAAGUUACAAACUGUAAUGCUGUUCUUGCACCAAGUGCUUGACUAUUUAAAUGUUAAGAAUAAAUUGAGUUUUUUUCCGGCAGAACGCACAUUUCCAA